AUGGAAAGGGCCUUGCUUCUAGAUAAUCGGUAUCCUGCCACGCAUCGUGAUGCUUUCUGCAUUCCCAGCUUUGGGUCUAUGGGUUUAAGAAGCGAUGCGGCGAACACCUCGGACUUCUCUCAAGUAACUUACCUGUGUGGUAACUCUCUUGGAUGCAUGCCAAAAUCAACAAGAGACGCCAUCAACAAGGAACUGGAUGCCUGGUCCGAUCGUGCUGUAGAAUCCCAUUUCCGUCACCGCGGCGAACCGCAGGGAUUGACCUCGUGGGUAGACAUUGAUCUUCCACUAUCGAACUUGCUUCCCUCUGUGGUAGGAGCGUUGGAAUCGGAAGUAGCAGUGAUGGGCUCAUUGACCGCAAACUUGAACGCACUACUGGUAGCCUUUUACCGUCCCACAAGUUCAAGGUUUAAAAUCAUUUGCGAAAAGGGUGCGUUUCCUUCAGACUUCUACGCAUUCUUCAACCAAUGUGGAAUUCACAAUAUUGACCCCAACGAGGCCCUCGUAAGGCUGGAGCCUCGUGAAGGCGAGACUUACUUGAGGACUGAUGACAUUAUUCAAGCUAUUAGCGAAAACAACGAGCAAUUGGCGCUUGUUUGCUUGCCAGGUAUUCAAUACUAUACAGGCCAGUUGUUUGAUAUGGAGAAAAUUACACUCUUUGCCCAUCAAUUCAAGAAUGUUGUGGUUGGAUGGGACUUGGCACAUGCUGUGGGUAAUGUCCCAGUACAACUACACGAUUGGGGGGUCGAUUUCGCUUGUUGGUGUUCUUACAAAUAUUUAAAUUCAGGCCCUGGCGCUAUCGCUGGAAUAUUCGUGCAUGAAAAGCAUUCCCAGGUAGGCUCCGGCUCCCACAAAGAAGAUAGUUAUAUGCCACGAUUGGCCGGCUGGUGGGGUAAUACUCGCGAGAGAAGAUUUCAAAUGAAAGAGGUUUUUGAGCCGAUUUCAGGUGCUCUAGGCUUUCGCCAAUCUAACCCAAGUGUAAUAGACGUAGUCGCAUUAAGAUCUUCUCUCGAAAUUAUCCAAGAUUUUGGUGGCAUUGAGGCUUUGCGUGAAAGAUCUUUGCUAUUAACGGGCUACCUGCUGGAAUUAUUGAAAGAAUCGAAGUUUUACCAUAAGUCUCUUCCCUCGGGUGACGUCUCGAAGGCGGGCUUCAUCAUUCUUACACCCUUGACCGAGAGCGAACGUGGAGCACAACUUUCACUUUACUUCUUUCCUCACCACGAUGACCGCAAAUUAGACACUAUGGAAAGAGUUUCUGGGUACUUGAAUGAGAGGGGCGUAAUUGUUGAUGAGCGUCGACCAAAUGUCUUAAGGAUCGCACCAGCUCCUCUUUACAACACUUUCCAAGAUGUUUUCAGAGCUGUCGAAUUGUUGAAAGAGGCACUCCAGGAAUUAUGA